GCUUUUACAGUGUUUUUUUCUAUCAUGUUACGUUUUGGAAAGUCGCCCGGAAUUUCGGAAUUUCAGAUUGUUACUACAGGUGUUGACGAAAAGCGCAAGAAGUCGGGUAAAAAGUUCUCUAAACGGAAGGAUCUUUCCACGGAACCCAACUUUAAGAAACCUACACUGCAACCCGUAUGGACGGAUGACGAAGAUUAUGUUCCAACCGAAUACGUCCGUCCACCGCCUAUUUUUGAUAUUAACUCAUAUGUAUCGAAUCGCCACGAUGGCACCACAGAUACUGAUUUUGACAAUCCGGAGUAUGGUCGGCAGUUGACGGCUGUAUCCAACAUUCUCAGGGAAGACGAUUCCGGACACUUACCCCAGUCAAAAGCUAUCAAUAUUCGGCGGGUCUUUGAUGUUAAUCGUGAACGCGUUUCUAUGGGCGCCAUCGUUUCGGUCCACUUCAACCCGGUUUGCCAGAUGUGUCUCACCGGCAGCGCGGAUAGCACUUUGGCAUUUUUCAAGGUCGAUGGGACCGAGAAUGCGCUUUUGAGAGAUCGCGUCUUCGAAAACUAUCCACUUUCGUCUGCCAAAUUCACUCCUUCUGGGGAACGGGUUGUCUUCACUGGCAAUCGAAAUAGCUUCCGGAUAUAUGACCUUCAGUCUGGCGAGGAGACCCGUGCCAGUCCAUUCAUCGGGUCCAGUGUAGACGAUCUGCUGGUUCAAUGUGAGCUUUCAUCCGGCCAACCCAAUAUUGUUGCUUUGGGCACUACCAACCGAACAAUUUACCUCGCCGAUUUGCGGAGCUUGGAAAAGGUAUCCACGCUUUCUACAAAAGCUCCUCUGCGAUCCUUCUGCUUCUUAGAUUCAGGCGCGUUUCUGACCACCAUCGAUGCCUCGGGCUCAGUAUUCGUGUUUGAUCUCCGGAACCGCAGACCACGCGUUGUUCACCAGUGGAUCGAUCAAGCAUGCACUGCGGGGACGGCAAUUGCUAGUUCCUCUGAUGGCCGGUGGAUCGCUUGUGGGUCCGAUUGUGGUUACACUAAUGUGUAUCAGUGUUCCAAAACCAUGCAGUCCUGCACUCCGGAACCCGAUAAAUCUAUCGCAAACCUACAGACUGCUGUGGACACCAUUGCAUUUCAUCCGGCGUCAGAAAUGCUAUGCUUGAGUUCAUCUCAACGGUCCGCCUCUAUACGAUUGUAUCACUUACACGGCCGUCACGUGUUUGAUAAUUUUCCUGUCCGAACCGGCCAACUGUCCUCACCGACCUCAGUGGCUUUCAGUCCCAAUGGCGGAUACCUUUGUGUGGGUCAAAGCAACGGAAGGGCCGCAUUGUAUCAUAUUUUACAUUACAUGAACUAUUGAAAUCAGAAAAUUACUUGAUU